GUUAUACACUUCUUCUCUCUCCUCCUUCGUUCUCUCUCAGUGAGCCAUUUGAGCGCCUCCCUUUUUCUAAGCUUGAAGCUUUUGCAGCAAUCAAGCCCGCUGAAAAGAUAGAGGAGAGAGAAAGAAACUAAUGUAAUCGAUCAGUAUAUAUGAGAGGGAUGGAUUAUAAUUAGGGCAUGUGUUUUGUUUUCUUCUGUUGUGUUGUGUUGUGUUUGCUUGUAAUUUAACUCAACCUCUUCUCUAUUUUACCAUUCUUAGCUUUCCUUUUCCCUUUUCCGAAUUCACUUUCCUUGCCUUCUUUUCCAGUCCUCGGGAUCUGAUCUCUUUCUCUCUAUUGUGACAAGACAUUUCUUAAGACAGAGAGUACAUCAGUUGAGGAGGAGAUCACCUCAAUUCCCGAGGUCUUCUCUUGGCCUUCUUGUUUGCUUGUCUGUUUGUGUUUCUCUCUUUCUUUCUGUGCUUCUUCUGCUUUGUCUGCUUGCUCAGUGGGAUUUUACCAACAAAAAGUAAGAGUGACGAAAGCUGAGCACACCUAGCUCUCGAUCUUAUAUCUCUAGGCUGAUUGGUGGACACGAGGUUUUGGUUCAACCAGAUCUGUACUGCAGCAAAUUUAGCGAAGGUUUGAAGAACAUGAAUACCUUUUCACAUGUACCCCCGGGCUUUAGAUUCCACCCUACAGAUGAAGAACUUGUUGAUUAUUAUCUUAGAAAGAAGAUUGCUUCAAAGAAGAUCGACCUUGAUGUCAUCAGAGAUGUUGAUCUUUAUAAGAUUGAGCCAUGGGAUCUUCAAGAAUUGUGCAAAAUAGGGACUGAAGAUCAGAAUGAAUGGUACUUUUUCAGCCACAAAGAUAAAAAGUACCCUACAGGAACUCGCACAAAUAGGGCAACAAAAGCUGGGUUUUGGAAAGCAACUGGAAGAGAUAAAGCUAUUUACAUUAGGCACAACCUUGUUGGCAUGAGAAAGACUCUGGUGUUUUACAAAGGACGUGCUCCAAAUGGACAGAAGUCAGAUUGGAUCAUGCACGAGUAUCGACUUGAAACUAAUGAAAAUGGCCCUCCUCAGGAAGAAGGAUGGGUUGUGUGUAGGGUUUUCAAGAAACGAUUGGCAACAGUAAGGAGAAUGGGUGAUUAUGAGUCACCAUGUUGGUAUGACCAAGGCUCCUCAUUCAUGCCCGAACUUGAUUCUCCAAGGACAAAUAUGAUUCCUCACCCUGCUUAUACAACAUCAUCAUCAUCAUCAUAUCAUCACCAGCUUUACUCCAACUGCAAACAAGAACUUGAUCAUCAUUUGCAGUACAAUGCUAUGCCUGUGCCUCCUCAUCCUGAUUCUUUUCUACAGCUCCCUCAAUUAGAAAGCCCCAAGGUUGCUCAAUAUGGCACUUAUGAUCAUCAUAGGAACAAUGGAUGCCAUGUAAUGCCAUCUUCGACAUUCAGGCCAGAGGAGCAAUUGCAGCAGAUGAAUCAACAGAAUCUCAUGAUCAACUCCUCACCACUACUUUAUAAUGACAACAGUCUUGAUGAUCAACUGACAGAUUGGCGAGUUCUAGACAAAUUUGUUGCAUCACAGCUCAGCCAUGACCAGCAAGAAGCUUCCAAGGAAACAACAACAAAUUACUCAAAUGAAGCAGUAUUUGAUCCUGUGGGUGAUGAAGUACAUAUGAAUAUGGGAGCCAACGAAUCCAAGAGGCCAGAAAAUAAUAUUGGACAGGACUAUGCCGCCUCAACAUCAACAUCAAGUUGCCAAAUUGAUCUGUGGAAGUGAAACUAAGCAUUAAGAACAUAUAUAUAUUACUACAGUAAGUAGUGCAUACAUGAUACUAAUUACCUAUUAUAAUCAUAGGAGGUACAGUACUUUAAAGGAAUAUAUUGAUCGUUGCUGUACAUAGGGUAAACAGAAUGGUAUUACUUUAUUACCUAUUCGACUUUUGUGCCCUUUUUAUUAAUCAUCAAUAUAUAUACUAUUAGCUAAUGCAGCUGCAGCUUGUUAGAGUACCGAAUUAUAUUUAAUAAAAAAAUAACUUAGUCGAUCAAGAGGACUAUGUACGUACAUGGACUGAAGUGGCUAAGAAGUACUGGUUGAAUUGUCUGGGAGAAACUUGUUGAAUGUAAUUUGCUUUAUUUUGCAUUGUUAAUUGUAUUCUGUUUCAUGAAAAGGUUUAUGAUUGAAGUAUUGUGCAAAGAAAAAAGAAAAGGAAAAAAAAAUG